AUAUGACCAAGAUAUGACCAUAUUGUAAACAUUUGAUUGUUGUCAUGGUUGUCAUUUGUUGUGGACAAGUUGUGGAGGCUUAAAAAACUUUCAAGAUAUUUCAUUCCCUGUGUCUAAUUGUUUACAAUUUAUACUUGCCGACAUUGAUAACUAGCCGAAAUGCCUAAGGCAAAGGGUAAAAGCAAAAGUCCAGGCAAGAAGACUCCAAAGUCGCCAAAAAGUCCCGGGAGUCCCAAGAAAGCCAAGUCGCCAAAAAGUCCGGGAACUCCUAAGAAAGGAAAAAAGGACGGGAAGUCUAAGAAGGGCAAAAAGGGAAAGAAGCCAAAGGAAGCUCCCGAAGAAGCAUCUGAGAUCGAAGAUUCACAGUUUGACGAGUCGGAAUGCACUGAGCUGCCGGAAAGUGACGAAGAAGUUGAAUCGGAACCGGAAGAAGAGCUCAUCGAAGAAUGGGUGGAAUCGGUGAGCUACGUCCGUCGGUGCUGGUCCAUGUGCGGCACCCCGGCAGAGUUGUGGCAGGACUGGCACGACGAAAAGGUCACUACCUUCCUCAAGGACCCCGGCUGUCCACUCAUCACCUUCUACGUGGACUCCCCGGCGCCGGCGGCGACCGGCGAGAAACCGACACCGCCGGCCGAGACAGCCGACGACGCGCCGACGACGCCCGAGAGGACGCUGGUGGCGCUCUACGGAAUGCCCGCCAAACAGGUUGAUGAAAUUAUAUAUUUCGCCAAACGACCAAACUCGCCGCCGAUUCUGAGUGACCUCAACUAUCGCGGGAAGAUAUCCUGGGGCAACAUGAAGGCGCCGUUUCUCGAGUCGCUGCUGAUCAAGAUGUCGUCGCUCUACAUGCCGUAUUUUCUCGGCAACACGCACUGGCCAGACAGCAUCCGUAAGGACUUUGCCAGUAAGCUGCACCGGUUCAUGGCGCACCUGACCGACGCGCGCUACAAGGCCGCCGGCCAGACGGUGCUUUAUGUGCCCGACGAGGACCUGUCCCGGUCCGUCGAAGACAUGGCCAAGGAUAAGGACCUCGUGGAGCGACUCGAGGCGGCUAUGGUGCACUGGAUCCGUCAGAUCAAAGAGAUGCUCAGCAGUCUGGACUCGAUCGAAAUGCCAGAGAAGGCCGGUCCACUGGACGAAAUCAACUUCUGGAACGACCGAUGUAAGGACCUGUCGGGUGUGAAGGUGCAGCUGGACAGCCCGGUGGUGACGAGAAUGAGCGAAGUGCUCCACUGUGCCAAGUCCUCCUACCUGAGUCGCUUCAGCCGACUGGCGCACGAGAUCCAGGACGGCUCCGAACAGGCCGAGAGCAACAAGCACUACCUGAGCAUCCUGCAGGGUCCGUGCGAACAGCUGCGGAAGUCGGGUCCGGUGGAGAUUCCCGGUCUGCUGCAGGACGUCCUCAACAGGAUACGCGUCAUCUGGAUCAACUCUCCCUACUACAACACUCGGGAGCGUGUGACGGGCAUGCUGCGCCGGGUCAGUACAGAGGUCAUCAACCUGUGUCAGCGGGUCAUCUCCAUCGAGGGCAUCUUCGGCGGCCGGUGCCGGUCCUCCAUACAGACCCUGGAGCAGUGCAUCGACUGCUCGGUGGCCUGGAAAAACAUCUACAAGAAGACGGCGCGCACGCACCACCGGUGUUCGGAGCAGGGCUGGGUGCUGGACGUCACCACCAUAUUCGCCGAGCUGGACGCGUUCACACAGCGCUGCAAGGACCUCAUCGAGAUUUGCAACUGCCAGAUGUACCUCAACAGGAUGGAGGACGGCGAGCAGGUGCCGCUGCCGCUGUUCGGCGGCGCCCGCGCCCCGGACGUCGCCCGAAACAUGCGCGAGAUGGAGCGGGUAUUCUGUGCAGCGCUGGCCGACCUCGGCACCAACCGGCAGAUCAUCAGUGACAACCGCUCCACCCAGUGGCUCAACGAGUUCAGAAAGUUCCGGAUGCGAGUGAAGGACGUGGAGCUGAUGUUGUCCAACAUCAUCGACUGGUCCUUCGAGACGGUGCGCACCGUCCGCGAGGGCAUCGAGCUGCUCGACUGCUUCCGACGCUACGCCAACCGAGAAACCAUACGGAGAAUAUUCGACAUGAAGACCGUCCAGGUGUUUGAGAUAUUCGCCGACGAGCUACAGGCGGUGCGUCGCGAGCUCUCUAAGAAGGCGUUCAGUCUGGAGCCGACCUACCCCUACUACGCGGGCCAGGCGCACUGGGCCAUGUCACUGGUCAGACGCAUCCAGAUGCCCAUGGAGGCGAUCUCCGAGGCGCCGUGGCUGCCCAAGAUCGGUAUCGGAGACGAGACCAAGGAGCAGCACCGUCAGCUGAGCGUGGCCACGGCCGAUUUCAUCGCCAAGACGCACGGCGACUGGGCCAGCUCGGUGGAGCCGAUCCCGCUGCAGCGGCUCGACCAGCCGCUGCUCACCAAGAGCCUCGAGCGCGCCGGAUACAUCGAGCCCAACUUUGACCGGUACCUGCUGAAGCUGUUCCAGGAGGUGUACUACUGGGAGCGGCUCAACAUGGAGAUCCCGCCGCAGUGCUACGACGUCUUCCGGCGACGGGAGGAGAUGAGACACCUCCGGGAGGCCGUCGGAGAGCUCUGCAAAGACUUCAACCACAUCGUGGCCUCGCUGUCCGCGGACGAGCGGCUGCUGUUCCGGGACCGUAUCAACUUCCUCAGCCGAAAACUGGCGCCCGGCUUCAGCAAACUGUUCUGGACGGGCAAGGGCGCCGCCGAGUCCUUCAUCAAAGAGUCGAGACUCGGAGCCGCCAAGGUUCAGGCGAUCGUGAACCACUACAAGGAGUCCAACAAGCUGAUCUCCGAGAAGUGUAUGUCGCUGGCCGAGUCCUGGCUGAUCAACAUCGACACGAACCGGGUGUACACGUUCGAGGAGCUGCAGCAGAGCCAGGAAGACCACAGGAAGAGCGUCGUGGAGCUGCUGAGAAACCGUCAAUCGGAAAUUAUGGAGAUUCUGACGAACGUCUUCGAGCACUUCAAAAACGACUCGCAGGCGGUGCUGCAGCACUGGGGCAAGUACCUGGGCCGGAUCAGCAUCGCCGUCCUCGAGUCCAUCAAACACAACGUACGCACCUCUCUGACGACGCUCAGCAAGAUCGUCAACGUGGACAGCAAGUCGGGGUCGGUGGCGCUCAUUGGCGUCAAGGUGCUGCUCAAAAACAACAAGAUCGAGCUGGAGCCGAGUGUGUCGGAGAUGGCCGAGUUUCUGUGCAGCUACCUGCAGCAGCUGGCCGCAGAGUUCGACUCGUGGGAGCACAUUCCCGGCGUGCUGGGACACCCGGACCGGAACCCGCCGCAGGCCAUGAACUCUAUACUGCUCACCGACGAGGACGCCAACAAGGUCCAGAUGGCCAUCAACAAUGGAAUGGCGGUGACAGCCACGCAGCUGCAGAACUACCUGAAAACGUGGGACUCGUUCCGCGACAUCUGGGAGAUGGACAAGGACAUGUUCAUCAAGCGCUACCACAGGAUGAACCCGACCGUGGCCGCGUUCGACAGCGACAUCGCCAGAUAUUCUGAGGUGGCCAACAACGUGCAGAUGCAGGACACUAUCGUGGGCAGCCAGUUCACCAUGUUGGACAGCGCCGGUCUGAAGCAGUCGAUCGUCAGCCACUGCACCGAGUGGCAGCUGAAGCUGACCCAGCUGCUGCUGCGGAUCGCCUCCGACCGGCUCACCGAGGUGCACCGCUACGUCACUGAUAAUACUGCCGGGAUGAAGUACGAGCCGCAAACAUUGGACGAACUGCAGACCAGCAUCAACCUCCAUGAGCGACUGUUACGCGAGCAGCCCGAGCAGGAGGCCAGCUUCCCCGUCAUGGAGGAACAGUUUGUUGUACUCGAGAAGUACGAGGUGACUGUAGAGGACUCUGUGCUGGACGACCUCCAUCGUCUUCCCCCGGUGUGGGAGGCAUACUGCGCCCUUCUGGUGGAAACCACCGAGACACUGGAGGCGCAAAAGGACAGGUUUAGAACCGGUCUACUGGCGGAUGCAAACGAUCUCAAGAAGGGUAUCACUAACCUGAUCGACGACUUCAAACAAAAGGGUCCUUUCACCAACGCUUGGGAUGUAGAAGCGGCCCGGGCUAACAUCAACGAAUACCGCAACCAGGCUGCUCUGCUGAAGGAGAAAGAUCAGAUUAUCAAGACAGGACUGAAGAUCUUCAACAUUGAGCAUCCGCUAUCCAAGGACUUGAAACGCUUUGAAACGGACCUCGAUGCCAUCGACUCAGUCUGGGCGCUGACGGCAGAAUGGGAACAGUCCUGGAUCGAAUGGAAAGGACAUCGAUUCCAGGAACUCGACACCAUCGAGCUCGACUCUCAGGCCACCAGUCUGCACAAGCGCCUGACCAAGCAACUGAAAGAGUAUCGUGAUAACGGCUGGGACAUCAUCGAGCAGACGAAAACGCAGGUAGACGCCUUCCGCAAGGCGCUGCCGCUCAUCAUGGACCUGAAGAACGUGGCGCUGCGCACCCGACACUGGGAGGAGAUCAGAGCCCUCAUUGGCAGGGAGUUCAACGAGGACACUGACCUGACAAUGGACAGCAUCUUCGAGUGGGGCAUGAACCAGUACUCUGAAGAGAUUCACAACAUCUCUCAGUCGGCCACUAAGGAGAUGACCAUCGAAAAGAUGCUGAUGAAGAUGAAGUCGACCUGGGACGAGAUGGAGAUGGAGAUCCUGCCGUACAAGGACGGCCGCGGCCUGCGCUGCCGCGUGCCCGACGACCUAUUCCAGGUGCUGGAGGACAACCAGGUCGGACUGCAGACCAUGAAGGCAUCCAGAUUUGUGGAGCCUUUCCGAGAAGAAGUGAAGUGGUGGGAAAAGACACUCACCGUCGUCUACGAGGUCAUCGACGCCAUCCUCUCGGUGCAGAAGCAGUGGAUGUAUAUGGAGAACAUCUUCUUGGCAGACGACAUUCGCAAGCAAAUGCCGCGGGAAACGACCGACUUCGGUAUCAUCGACAAUACGUGGCAGAGCAUGCUCGUUGUCAUGAAGAUUGACACGCUCAUUCUCCGGGCAACUCACAAGAAAGGCCUUCUGAAAGAGUUAUCCAGCAUGAACGUCCGCCUGGAAGAGAUCCAGAAGCGACUUGAGAUGUACCUCGAAACCAAGCGUCAGGCUUUCCCGAGGUUCUACUUCAUCUCCAAUGACGAUCUUUUGGAGAUCCUUGGCCAGAGCAAAAACCCAGAGGCUGUUCAGCCACAUCUGAAGAAGCUCUUCGAUAACAUGGCGAAAGUCAAAAUGGUCAAGAGUGCCUUCCACCGGCUUGAGGCGUCGACAAUGGUAUCUGGUGAAGGCGAGGAGGUUGACUUCACUCACCCAGUGAGCCUGGAUGGGCCGGUCGAGGCAUGGCUCGCAGAUCUGGAAAACGCUAUGCAGGAAACGCUACGUAACGUACUGCAGAAAUGUCUCGCCGCGCUGAAGAAAAAUCUCAGCAAAAGAGAUCGGUGGAUCAAGGACUGGCCGGGACAGCUAUGCAUCACUUCUAGUCAGAUCCAGUGGACAGUCGACACAACCCGGUCCCUGCUGCUGGUGAAGGACCUCGGCGAGAAGAAACCACUCAAGUCCUUCCGCAAGAAGAUGAUGAACAUGCUGAAUAAGUUCUCCGAAGCGAUCCGCUCCAACUUGACCAAGCUGCAGCGUAUGAAGAUCGUGGCUCUGGUCACCAUCGAGGUGCACGCUCGUGAUGUCAUCGAGAAGCUCAUCAAGGCCGGUGUGAACGACGUCAACUCGUUCGAGUGGCUGUCCCAGCUGCGGCUCUACUGGGACAAAGACGAGGAGGACUGUGUGAUCCGGCAGACAAACACACAGUUCUUCUAUGGCUACGAGUACCUGGGCAACUCGGGCCGCCUGGUCAUCACACCGCUCACCGACAGGUGCUACAUGACCCUCACAAGUGCACUGCACCUACACCGAGGCGGCAGUCCGAAGGGCCCGGCCGGCACCGGUAAAACGGAAACCGUCAAGGACCUGGGAAAGGCCAUGGCUGUGUUCGUCAUCGUACUCAACUGCUCCGAGGGACUCGACUACAAGAGCAUGGGCAAAAUGUUCUCCGGUCUGGCGCAGACUGGUGCCUGGGGCUGCUUUGACGAGUUCAACCGGAUCAACAUCGAGGUGUUGUCGGUGGUGGCGCAGCAGAUCCUCAGCAUCCUGCAGGCGCUCUCCACCCUCGCCACCCAGUUCAUCUUCGAGGGCAGCGAGAUCAAGUUGGUCGACUCGUGCGGAAUAUUCAUCACCAUGAACCCCGGCUACGCCGGUCGCACGGAGCUGCCCGACAACCUGAAGUCCAUGUUCCGACCGAUCGCCAUGGUGGUCCCUGACUCGGCCAUGAUCGCAGAGAUCGUGCUGUUCGGCGAGGGAUUCAGCAACACUAGGAAUCUCGCCAGAAAGGUGUUCACGCUGUAUACACUGGCGUCGCGGCAACUCAGCAAGCAGAGCCACUACGACUUCGGUCUGCGAGGUCUGAUCGGUCUGCUGCGCUACGCUGGCAUCAAGAAGCGCAUGUUCCCUGAGAUGGGUGACGAGGAGGUGGUGAUAACCGCGAUGAACGACAUGAACCUGCCGAAGCUGACGUCGGACGACUCGCCGCUGUUCGCCGGCAUUGUCAGGGACCUGUUCCCCGGCGUGGAGACGCCGCCGCUCGACUACGGGCAGCUGUAUGAUGUCAUCCGGCAGCAGUUGAAGGAAAACGGACUUCAGGCGACGCCCUACAUCGUGGACAAGGUGAUCCAGCUGUACGAGACGAAGAACUCCCGUCACUCGGUGAUGAUGGUCGGUCAGACAGGCACCUCGAAAACCUCCAUCUGGCGCACUCUGCAGCGAGCGCUCACCGAUAUGGCCAACAAAGGCCAGGAGGGCUACGUCGCCGUUAAGGAGUAUGCGCUGAACCCGAAAGCUCUGAACCUGGGCGAGCUGUACGGUGAAUUCGACCUUGGCUCCGGCGACUGGAAGGACGGUGUGCUCUCGGCCAUUAUGAGGGUCACAUGUGCAGACGAGACACCGGACCAGAAGUGGAUCUUAUUCGACGGCCCAGUGGACGCCGUCUGGAUCGAGAACAUGAACUCUGUGAUGGACGACAACAAGGUGCUGACGCUCAUCAACUCGGAGCGUAUCGCCCUGCCCGCUCAGGUGUCUCUGCUGUUCGAGGUGCAGGACCUGGACGAGGCCUCUCCUGCCACCGUCUCCCGGGCUGGUAUGGUGUACACCGACUACAAGGCGAUCGGCUGGCAGCCGUAUGUCGACUCGUGGCUGCAGACGGUCCAGUGCAAACAGACCGCCGACGAGCUGCGAAAGCUAUUCGACAAGUUCCUGGAGGACAUGUUGGAAUUCAAGCGGAAGAACUGUAAGGAGCUGAUGCCGAUUGUGGAGUUGAACGGCGUCAUCUCUCUAUGUCGUCUGCUUGACUGCCUGUGCACGAAGGAGUUCGGCGUGGACCCGAGCGACAUGGACGCGUUCCUCACCUGCUCCAAGCUGUGGUUCCUAUUCUCGCUGCUGUGGUCCGUCUGCGCUUCGGUGGAUGAAGAGGGCCGGAAGAAGAUCGACAACUACCUGCGCGAACUGGAGGGCUCGUUCCCCAACAAGGACACCGUGUACGAGUACGCCGUCGACUACAAACACCGCAGCUGGAGCCCCUGGGAGAGCAAGCUGCAGUCCAACUGGAAGUACAACCCGAACGUGCCGUUCUACAAGAUCCUGGUGCCGACCGUGGACACAGUGCGGUACGAGUACAUCCUACGGACGCUGAUCUCGCACGAGUUCCCGGCGAUGCUGGUCGGACCCGUCGGCACAGGGAAGAGUUCGCUGGCGAGCAGCGUGCUAGCCCAGAUGGAUGUCAACAAGUACACGGUGCUGCCGGUGAACAUGUCGGCGCAGACCACAUCCAACAACGUGCAGGCCAUCAUCGAGAGCCGCAUGGAGAAACGCACCAAGAACGUCUACGUCCCGCAGGGAGGUAAGCGCCUUGUCGUGUUCCUGGACGACCUGAACAUGCCUGCCAAGGACACGUACGGCUCCCAGCCGCCGCUGGAGCUGCUGCGCCAGUGGAUGCAGUACGGCUUCUGGUACGACCGCACCAAACAGUCGUCACUCUACAUGCAGGACGUGCUUCUGGUCGGCGCCAUGGGUCCGCCCGGCGGAGGCCGCUCCUUCAUCUCGCAGCGGCUCCAGUCCAAGUUCAAUCUGGUCAACAUGACCUUCCCGCAGGAGUCACAGAUCAAACGCAUCUUCGGCACGCUCAUCACUCAGAAGCUGGCCAACUUCUCAGAGGACGUGAAGCCGCUCGGUGAGCUGGUGACGACAGCCAGUAUCGAGAUGUACCAAUCCGUCAUCGCCAACAUGCUGCCGACCCCAGCCAAGAUUCACUACGUGUUCAACCUGAGAGACAUCUCCAAGGUGUUCCAGGGCCUGCUGCGGUCGAACCGCGACUACUGCGACACGAAGGCGGCGUUCGUUCGCCUCUGGAUCCACGAGUGUCUCAGAGUGUUCGCCGACCGGCUCAUUGAUACGAAAGAUAUGGAUUGGUUCAUGGGACUGCUGGGAGAAAAACUUGGACUGCACUUCGACCAGACAUUCCACGGGCUCUGUCCGAGCAAACAGCCACCUAUCUUUGGUGACUUCCUCAACACUAAUGAAAUUUACGAGGACAUCCUGGACUUUGCCACGCUGAAGCAGUACAUGGAGAACCAGUUGAAGGAGUAUAACGCGACGCCAGGCGUUGUGUCGAUGGAACUAGUACUUUUCAGGGAUGCCAUCUGCCACAUUUGUCGCACCGUGCGCGUUCUGAAACUGCCCAGAGGAAACAUGCUUGUCGUCGGUAUCGGUGGCAGCGGCCGGCAGUCGCUGACCCGACUGGCCGCCUACAUCUGCGGCCUCUCGGUGUUCGUCAUCGAGGUCAAUAAGCACUACCACCGACCCGAGUUCAGAGAGGAUCUCAAGGUGCUCUAUCGGGCAACGGGCCUCGAAAACAAACCGACCGUCUUCAUUUUCAGCGACGCCCAGGUCACGGAGGAAACGUUCCUUGAAGAUAUCAACAACAUCCUAAGCAGCGGGGAAGUGCCAAACCUCUACAAACCGGAGGAGCUCGAAGAGAUACGCAACACACUACAGCCGGUGGCGGCUAGGGAGGGUAUCCCUGAGACGCCAGAGAACCUGUACGGCCUGCUUUUGGACCGAGUCAGGUCAAAUCUCCACCUCUGCGUGUGUAUGAGCCCCGUCGGAGACGCCUUCAGGAACCGUAUUCGCAUGUACCCUGGCCUGGUCAACUGCUCCACGAUUGACUGGUUCGGAGAUUGGCCACAAGAAGCUCUGAUGGAAGUAGCCGAGAGGUAUUUGGAAGGCAUCGACCUAAACCUAGGCGCCGAUACGGAACUAUUGAAGGACGAGCUGCAGGCUGCUGUGGCUCACACGUUCUCCGUAAUUCACCGCUCCGUGUCCAACUACUCGGCUCGGAUGCUGGCCGAGGUGCGGCGACACAACUACGUCACCUCCACCAGCUACCUGCAGCUGGUGGCCGGCUACAAACAUCUACUGGGCGAGAAGCGCAAGGAACUGGGAGAAGCCGCUGACAAGCUGAGGAAUGGUCUGUUCAAGAUUGACGAGACCAGUGUCAAAGUCGAAUCCAUGUCCGUUGAACUGGAAAUCGCCAAAGGAAAAGUGGCCGAGUUCCAGCAGCAGUGCGAAGAGUACCUGGUCAUCAUUGUCCAACAGACCCGGGAGGCCGACGAACAGCAGCGCUCCGUCCAGCUCAGGUCUCAAAAGAUUGCCGAGGAGGAGCUGCAGUGUAAGGCCAUGGCCGAGGUGGCUCUGGCAGAGCUGGAGGAGGUGCUGCCCGUCCUGGAAGAGGCCGUCAGGGCACUGGACGCCCUCUCGAAGCGGGACCUGAACGAGAUCAAGUCGUACGCCCGACCUCCGCCGCUGGUAGAGAAGGUCAUGGAGGCAGUGAUGCUUCUGAAGUGCGUCGAACCCACCUGGGCAGAGGCGAAACGACAGCUGGGAGACCCGAACUUCAUCACACAGCUGCGUGACUUCGACAAGGACCACAUCAGCGACAAGACGCUGAAGAAGGUCGGCGGAUACGUGGUGCAGGCCGACUUUGACCCGGACAUGGUCGGAAAACAGUCGCUGGCUGCCAAGUCGCUCUGUCUGUGGGUACGAGCCAUCGAGUCGUACGGACGCGUCUACAGGGUGGUGGAGCCGAAGAAGAUGCGUCUGAUGUCGGCUGAGCGUAUCCUAGCCGAGAAGCAGAAGAACCUGGCAGACGCUAAGGCGAAGCUGCAGGAGCUCAGCGAGCGGCUGGCAAAGCUGCAGACCGAGUACAACGAGAAGCUGGCGCAGAAGGAGGAGCUCAGGAUCAAGGCGGAGAGCCUGGAGCUGAAGUUGGACCGCGCGGCCAAGAUCGUCAGCGGCCUGGCCGGCGAGAAGGUCCGCUGGACACAGACCGUGAAGGACUUGGACGAAAACUUUGGCUACCUGGUCGGGGACUGCCUGAUCGCUGCCGCCUUUGUCUCCUAUAUGGGACCGUUUACGUCCAACUACCGGGACGAGAUCGUCUCGAGCAUUUGGUUACCGGAGGUGCGCGGGAAGCUGGUGCCCUGCUCGCCGACGUUCGAGCUGUGCGAGUUCCUGGCCAAGCCGACGGUGGUACGCGACUGGAACAUCCAGGGCCUGCCGUCCAACCCGUUCAGCGUGGAGAACGGCAUCAUCGCCACGCGCGGACAGCGCUGGCCGCUGCUCAUCGACCCGCAGGGGCAGGGCCUGCGCUGGAUCAAAAACAUGGAACACAAACAGGGUCUGAAAGUGAUCGACCUGCAGCAGACCAACUUCCUAUCGGUGCUGGAGCGCUCCGUCACGUUCGGCCACCCGGUGCUGCUACAGAACGUCCAGGAGACGUUGGAUGCCUCGCUCAACCCCAUACUCACAAAGUCUGUCAUCAAACAGGGUGACGCUCUGUACACCAAGAUCGGCGACAAGGAGGUGGAGUACAACCCGCUGUUCCGCUUCUACAUCAGCACCAAGCUGUCAAACCCGCACUACCCGCCUGAGAUCGCCACUAAGACCACCAUCAUCAACUUCACCGUCAAGGAGGACGGUCUGGAGCAGCAGCUGCUGGGUAUCGUGGUCCGCAAGGAGCGGCCCGAGCUGGAGGAGCAGAAGGACGCCCUCGUCACCAACAUCGCCGCCGGCAAACUGAAGCUCAUCGAGCUGGAGGACGCCGUGCUCAGACUGCUGAAGACGGAGGGUUCGCUGCUGGAGGACGAGGCUCUGGUGGUGACGCUACAGUCGUGCAAGACCACCUCGGCCGACGUCACCGAACAGCUGGAGACCGCCGAGGAGACAGAGAUCAAGAUCGACGCCGCUCGGGAGGCGUAUCGUCCGUGCGCGCGGCGCGCCUCGAUCCUGUUCUUCGUGCUGACCGACCUGGGCAAGAUCGACCCGAUGUACCAGUUCUCGCUGGACGCCUACGUAGAUCUGUUCACCCACUCCAUCGAUAAGGCGCAGAGGAGCCCAAAGCUGGAGAACCGCAUACAGAACAUGAACGACUAUCACACCUACGCCGUGUACAAGUACGCCUGCCGCGGCCUGUUCGAGCGGCACAAGCUGCUCUUCUCCUUCCACAUGUGCAUCAAGAUGCUGGAGAGCCAGUCGGCCGUCAACACGGACGAGUACCUGUUCUUCCUCAAGGGUGGAGUCGUGCUCGACAGGGAGGAGCAGAUGGACAACCCGUGCCCCGAGUGGCUGUCGGACUCUGCGUGGGACAACAUUACCGAGCUGGAGCGUCUGGCCAACUUCCACGGCGUGAUUCAGUCGUUUGAGCAGGGCCACCGCGACUGGUACGCCUGGUACACGUCGCCCGAGCCCGAGCGAGCCUCGCUGCCCGGCGAGUGGGACACGUCGUGCUCGGAGCUGCAGCGGAUGAUCUUUGUUCGCUCACUGCGCCCGGACCGGGUCAGCGUAUGUGUGUCCACGUUCGUCAUCCACAACCUGGGGCAGCGCUUCGUCGAGCCGCCCGUGCUCGACUUCCACAGCGUGCUGGAGGACUCUGCGGCCAAGACGCCGCUCAUCUUCAUCCUGUCUCCGGGCGUAGACCCGACCACGGCUCUGCUCCAGCUGGCCGAGCAGAACGAGAUGAUGGACCGCUUCUACAGCCUCAGCCUGGGACAGGGACAGGCGCCCAUCGCCACACGUCUGCUGGAGAUGGGUAAACGGGACGGCGGCUGGGUGUUCCUGGCCAACUGUCAUCUCUCGCUCUCCUGGAUGCCCGAGCUCGACAAGAUGGUGGAGGAGAUACAGGACGGCGGCGCCAACCCCGAGUUCCGUCUGUGGCUCAGCUCCAGCCCGCACCCCGACUUCCCCAUCUCCAUCCUUCAGAACGGCAUCAAAAUCACCACCGAACCGCCCAAGGGCAUCAAGGCCAACAUCAAGCGUCUGUACCAGAACAUGACGGAGGCGCAGUUCACCGCCUGUCCGCGCCAGAGCAACUACAAGAAGCUGCUCUUCUCGCUGUGCUUCUUCCACUCGGUGCUGCUGGAGCGGCGCAAGUUCCAGCAGCUCGGCUGGAACAUCCUCUACGGGUUCAACGACUCAGACUUCGAGGUGUCUGAGUCGCUGCUGUCGAUCUACCUGCGCGAGUACGAGGACCCGCCGUGGGACGCGCUCAAGUACCUGAUCGCGGGCGUCAUGUACGGCGGGCACGUCACUGACGACUGGGACCGACGCCUGCUCAUGACCUACAUCAACCAGAUGUUCAACGAGGACGUGCUCAACGUCACAUACUACAAGCUGUCGUCCCUGGCACACUACUACAUCCCUCGGGACGGCCACCUGUCCUACUACCAGGACUUCAGCAACAGCCUGCCCAUGGUGGACCACCCGGAGGCGUUCGGACAGCACCCGAACGCCGACAUCGCCAGCAGUAUCGGAGACGCACGGGUGCUGUUCGAGACGCUGCUGUCGCUGCAGCCGGCCGUGGCCGCCGCGGCCGACGGACAGAGCUCCGACGAUAAGGUGAUCGGUCUGGCCAACGACGUGCUGACCAAGAUGCCGGACCUGAUCGACUUCGAGAGCACGCAGAAGAUUCUCUCCAACGACCCGUGUCCGCUGAAUGUGGUCCUGCUGCAGGAGAUUCAGCGUUACAACGUUCUGCUGGUGAUCAUCCGCCGAUCGCUGGAGGACCUCAAGAAGGGCAUCAAGGGCCUGGUGGUGAUGUCCUCUGACCUCGAGGAGGUGUUCGUCUGCGUCCUGGAGGGUCGCGUGCCGCCGCCCUGGCUCAAAGCCUACCCGUCGAUGAAGUCUCUGGGCUCGUGGACGCGGGACCUGGUGCAGCGUGUGGAGCAGUUCUCCGAGUGGUCGGAGCGCGCCCGGCCGCCCACGGCCUUCUGGCUGGCCGCCUUCACGUUCCCCACCGGGUUCCUGACAGCGGUGCUGCAGACGGCUGCCCGGCAGCUGCACCUCAGUGUCGACUCGCUGGCCUGGGAGUUUUACGUGCACAACCAGAACGACUCGACCACCAACCUGCUGCCGCAUGAGGGAGUGUAUAUCUGCGGGAUGUUCCUGGAGGGCGCCGGCUGGGACGUCAACAAGCGCUGUCUGGUCGAGGCCGCGCCAAUGCAGCUCGUCACACCAAUGCCCAUCGUACACUUUAAACCCGUGGAGAAUAAGAAGAAAAGCGGAAAAGGACUGUACACGUGUCCGGCGUAUUACUACCCGAACCGGUCGGGCACCGGUCACUACCCGUCCUUUGUGGUGGCCGUGGACCUGCGCUCCGGCGACUCCCCCUCCGACCACUGGAUUCGACGGGCGGCCGCUCUGCUCCUCAGUCUGUCAGGACUAAUGGGGGGGGGGGGGUAGUGCGGGCUGCGUGAGGACCGUGGGAGCUGUGGCAGAGGAGUGGGGAGUGCUGGCAGGUCAAAAGGGGGCGUCAGGUUAGGUCAUGGGAGUGAGGAGAUCCGAUAGGUUAUCAUGGGCCAAGGGUAGUGAGAGAUGGCCCUUCUAGUCAUUCAGGUUGUCAGAUCGGAUAGGGUUGAAAUGCGAGUGAGUCGUGCGUUUGAGUAACGGGAUUAGUUUUCGUUAGCCAGUGAAGAAAAAGAAAAUAGUGAUCUCAGAUGAUCUUUCAUUGUAAAUAGUGCUGAAGAAUCGUGUAAUUUGAUCGUGAACGGAUUGUGAUAUGCGAUUGUGGCCCAAGCUACGCUCGUUAGAAUUUAACGAGAGACGCUUCGACUGAAUGGAUAUGUAAUGGAGUGAAGAAGCGCUGACGAACAACUGUGAUAGCUACCCAGCGAUCUCAAAUCAUGGUCUCCUGACUCGUGUUUUCUAGUCCGCCGUCCCAUAGUGUACAAAUGUAUAUUUUAGGUGACUCAUGUCGUACUGUGUCGUAAUGAUUUGUUGCAAUCAUGUUCAUCGAUUGUUCGAUCUUUUCGAUGGUCAGUAAAGAAAAAAAGCAUUAAUCUCUAUUGUUAACAUUUAAACCGUUCUAGUCAACCGUACAAACGUUUAUUUCUUGCCAUAGUGCCUAUAUUGUGUUCGAAGCGUUUCAACCCGCUCAGUUGGGUUACAUGAUAACUAUGCCUAAAAGACAAUUUCUUCAUGCGAAUUUGUAUUUACACGUUUUGUUCAAAAUACAGGAAUGUAUCGGUCAA